GUUAUCGCAAAAAGUUUUCCCUUCAUAGUAAAAAGACUUAUUUUAAUUAGGUACUGAUUAUGCAAAUUUGCCUAUUUGUUUAACUCAGGUGAAAGGUACCGUUUCAGCCCUUGGUUAACAAUUUACUAUACUUUAAGCUCCAGUUUAGCUUAUUGUGACGGAAGAGUAACUACGGAACCCUACACUGAGCGUGGCCCGACAUGCUCUUGGCCGGUUUUUCUCCAAUAUGCUCGGAAAUGUUCACCUUAUUGUAGCAAAAAUAGUACGGGAAGUUCUUCGUUAUGGUCAAACUCAAAUAAAAUAAAACCAGCCAAGAGCAUGUCGGGCCACGCUCAGUGUAGGGUUCCGUAGUUACUCUUCCGUCACAAUAAGCUAAACUGGAGCUUAAAGUAUAGUAAAUUGUUAACCAAGGGAUGAAACUGUACCUUUCACGCGAGUUAAACAAAUAGGCAAAUUUGCAUAAUCAGUACCUAAUUAAAGUAAGUCUUUUUACUAUGGGAGAAACUUUUUGCGAUUACUCAAAAACAGCUAAACUGAUCAUGUCCGCUAUAGUUUUCAUUUAAUAUCUUUCUUAAGCUCUACUUCCACGAUUUUUUUUCCUAUUUAUUGGACCUAUGGUUCAAAAGUUAGAGGGGGGGGGGACAAUUUUUUUUUCUCUUUCGGAGUGAUUAUCUCCGAAUAUAUUCACUUUAUCAAAAAAUGUUUGUUAAAGACCCCUAUUAGUUUUGAAAGACCUUUCCAACAAUAACCCACACUGUAGGGUUGAAGCAAAAAAAAAAAAUCACCCCCACUUUACGUGUAGGGGAGGUACCCUCAAAAAAAUUAAAUUUUUAUAUUUUAUUGUACGACUUUGUCGGCUUUAUUGAUUUAUAUAUUCAUGCCGAAUUUGAGCUUUCUAGCACUAACGACCACGGAGCAAAGCCUCGGACUGACAGACAGACAGACAGACAGACAGACGGACAUGGCGAAACUAUAAGGGUUCCUAGUUGACUACGGAACCCUAAAAAAAAACAAACCAUUAUUGUCGUAUUUUAGCGGACGGGAAAUUAUUACUGUAUUGUUUUUUACUAUUUAAAAACAUGUAUCCAUUAAGGAAAACGCAAACAGGCAAUGAUUAUAGCCACGAGCUGCUUUCUACACGACGCGGUCAGCAUCAUUUCAAGCUAUAGGAUUGAGUCGUGUAAGAUCGUCGUGUAUGAUCGUGUGAAUACUGCUUGAUAAAAUCAAAUACUAUAUAACUUUUAUAUUUUUGUAAGGAUCUCAUUCGUGCAAAUACAGCUUAUAUUGAAUGAGCGUUUAUUGAAUGGUACUGAAUGGCUGAAUGGUUGUGCCUUUAACUUUAAAAAAAGUGUAAUUGUAAUAAUUGUUUUUGACUUUUUCGAUGUGAAGGUUCGAUUUGAGUGGUUGAUGCUUAAAAUAUGAUUCCUAAAUUAUGACCUGAUUUCCUGGCAUGUUUGGAGAAAAGCACUGUAUAUGCCUCGGCAGGAACAGCAAUUCGUGGAUUAGUCUUCUUUGUCGGACUCCGCAUUGAGGAAAAACUAGCAGCUUUUUAUACGUGUCGGCAGGAAUAGCAAGUCCUGGAUUAGUCGUCUUAUCCACGAAUUACAAUUUCCCAGCCUCUGCAAUUGUCCGUUCCGCUUUAAAUUUCGAUUUAAUUUCAUUUUAUUAUUCAGAUUUCAUUAUAAGUAUUUGCCUGACCACGUAAUUAUUAUUGUGCAGCAUAAUACCAAGAGAGUAUUAUAAAAAAAAAAUGUAAUGAAUUCGUUUUUCGAUCAUCGAUUUUUAUCCAAAAUAACGUUACAGAUUUGUGUGUUUUGCAUCAGAGUAUUUCUAUAACAUAGUAUCUAUGUUGUAGAAAUACUAUGAUAUUGAUAACAAACAAAUUCGGAAAGUUUUAUAAUUUCCCAAUUACAAUAGCAUUUGCAUAAAAAUUCUAAAAUUGACAUUCUGGUGGCACAUAUCAGUUGGUCAUCUUAGUAACCCAAGAGAUAAAAAAUCCUACUUACACUAAGCUUGGCAAGCCUUCUUAUUAGCCGUUAUUCUAAUAUUGGUAUUUUUCUUUUUAAUUUAGAGUUGAUGACUUUAGUUGAGAAUUAUAUUAGAUUGCAUUAUUUUGUAAUGUAACUGACACAUAAUCUUGCUUUUUAAAAUAAUGUAAAAUCUAGUCUAGAGUAGUAUGUAAUUUAUUUAUUUGCAUUCCUCGCUCUUUACGAAGAAACACUAUACCCACUUUCCUUGGCUCAAUAGUAGUUAACAGGCAGGCCUAAAUAACAAUGAUAAUUUAAAAAACCGGUCAAGUGCGAGUUCGUUUAACUCGCGCACCGCGGGUUCCACACUAACUUCCAAUUAUAUCCUCUACCUAACUAUUUAAUAAACUCAAAAGACUGUUAACCUACUUUGGUAUACUAAGCAUAAUUGUGUAUAACGACAUCUACCGGCAUAUUAAUUUGCGCGACCAAUAUAUAUAUGUUGGUUUUUCAUGAAUAAUUCUUUGUCGUCAUCAGAACCGAAUUCAACUAUUUAUGUUUUAUUUGAAAGAAGGUAAUAUUAGUGUAAUGUCAUAGAAAUUUCAAGUAUAAUAAAUACCCGCAAAGGGGGUUAAAUUGCAAAUUAAAUCUGGAAAUGUUUUUCGAUAAUUGGGUACUUGACACAUGUUGAAUAUUAUAACAAAAUUCAACUAAAUGGAUAGAAAAUGAGAUUUAAAAAAAUAGAAGGCUCCAAAACAACAUUUUUUAAAUUUCAAAAAGAAUAAAGAAAAUGGAACCGGAUUCGAUUCCUUAUAGGUUAUUGAAAAAUAAAUUGUAUGACAACUAUAUACAUAAACGCAAUGUUACAGGGUCAAAAUAGCAAAUUUUCUUGCUCUUCCAUACAUUUAGGACAGACUAAUGUACUGUCACGUCACAUUACAAUAUCAUUUUGCUAGAGGCGUUUCAAUCGUCGAGUGCGAGCGUCAGACUUAACUCUUAUUUCUGACCUUUGUGUUGCUUAAAUGCCAUGAGUCCUAUUCGAUCCUCAGGAAAAUCAAGGUCGAUUGACAUUAUUUACAAAAAAACUGUCAAGUAGCCAAUUACUAAAAACUUAUCAAGAUAGAGGUGUCAUUAUAUUUUUCCUGUAAUAUUUGUGAUAAUUUUACGUAUUUAUUCACUAUGAAAAACAAAUUGUUUCGGAUCGAAUGUUCAAUUUAAGCUCUUUCUAAUGAUACCCCAUUUGAUUAGUAACUAGACUAGAAAUUUGCCCCCUCCUCAUAUUGGGCAUUUACCGUAGUUAAUAAAAAUAAAAUACAAAAGUAGGGUUUUCAAUGUGUCUAACUCGGAUAGUAUUGUUCAUAACUAUUCUAAAUUUCAAAUCGAUAGCAGAAGUAGUUCCUGAGAUAUCAAGCAAUGUGACAGACGGCCGGACGGACAGACAGAGUCGCACCAUAAGGGUUCCUCUUGUACCUUUUUUGUACGGAACCCUAAAAACUGCAUAUCUGAAGUCUCCUUUUGGCAAUGAAAUGCGACCAAAUCUCAGUUUGUGAAAUACUGUGUCAAAAUUACCUGUUCUACAUAUCUAUGAUUUUUUGGUCUAUAAUUUUCAACACAUGAAAUGAUAAAGUUAUAAAAGAUAAUGUAACUAUCAUCACGUAGUCAUUACCAAUUAGGUAUUUAACAGAAAUUAUAUAAUCGAGCGACAGCUAGACAAUAACUACGGCAGCAUGGGGCUGAGGCACAAACUUGUGAUCGUUUUUAUUACAUUCCAGAUACUGUCAAAUCAUUGCAUGCCGCAUCAUACAAAUCAUUCUAAAAUUUCACUGAGUAGUACUGCCAAGAAUAUUACAUCCUCACAUAGUAAAAGGAUGAAAAAAGAAGCAAUAUGUAAUAAUUUUGUUGCUACUAAUAUUUCGAAAUCCAUUCAUUUUCCUAAUGUCGAAUAUCCUUCCGACUCAGGACACGAGGAGUACCAUCGUUUCCUAAAUGAGUAUCCUAUACAAUUUAAAUCUAAUAAUAACACAUGUAACUGUUCUUGUCAAGCACAGAAAUGUAAAAUGGAAACAAAACAUAAACGUAAUUUGGCUAUGGCCGCCAACGCCAAGUCCAAACAUAAAGUAAUUACAUCUAUCAAAAAAUAUGACCCUGAGCUGCAGCCGAACUGUUGCAGCGGAUCAGGUGUUUUUCCUGAAGUGGAAUAUCCGCUCAGUACGAGAGACAUGUGGAUGCCAAAGUAUUGGAGCCAAUUACAAGGCGUAAAAAGGAAUGAUAAUCCGAGUAACGCUACCUAUUCAACAAAGCCGCAUGUUUCUAAUUACGAUUCAGAUUCUGAAAACGCAGCUCUUAAUGCCUUAAUAAAAACAUUGAAUACCAAGAAUGUUCAGACUCCUUCAACGAGUGAUACUAAUCUAAUACUCAUUCCGAAUGAAACAGUCAAUAGCUUAGAUGGAACCAAUACGAAUAGGACUUAUACAAUAAAUAACAAUGAGGAAAAACUUCCCAAUGAUAAAAGACUUGAGGACACGUCAAAGACUGCUAAUAGCCAAUCUCCACUUAAACUGCUUACUACUAAGGAAGCUAAUGAGAGACACGAUGACGUGGAUUCAAAGACCAAAAGUACUAUAACACCUUGUUUAUCUCUCUCAAAUAACGUAAUAGAAACUCAAUCAACUGUAAAUCCGGAUACUGAAAGACUUAACCUAAAAGACUCAGAAACGCAGAUAAAAUCAUGUCAUAAUUCUUCUACACCGAUUGAUAAAACAUCAGCGGAAUCUUUAGCUAUAACAACUACGACUACGAGCCUAAGUACAAAUAUAGUUACUCCGUUAGAUUAUUAUGAUUCUAUCCCGUCAAUUGAUUAUACUACUACUGAUAUGACAACUACUGAUCCUUUUGAAUAUAUAACGUCUCCUAUGUCCGCUUCAGGUAUAUUAACUAAUGAUACGGUACUUAGCCAACCUGAAUACGAUCUUUCAUAUGAUGCCUUUGCAAAUACUACUGCUAUUUCUACUACUACUCCAAUACCUAUUCUCACUUCUAUUCCGGCAUUGUGCCUUAGCUCCUAUCCAAAUGUAUCAAAUAAUUGCUAUGAUUAUUUAAUAAUGGUUGAUAUCGGUCCCAAACAUUUAUCAGAAAUUGAUCAGAAUAACCUUGCAAAAGAUUGGAUUUUAAAUUCUAACGACUCGUAUAUAACUUGCCAAAUUCCUGAUGAUUCUGAUGACUGGAUAAUAUACGUCGACGAAGAAAACUUUUCUGACCAAACAUUAACUCUAGGCGAAACAUCAUCAGCUGAUGAAGUUGCAACGUCUAAGCUAUUAACUACUCCUGUUUCUGAAAGAAAUAGAUCACAAGAAGAGCCUAAAAAUGUACAAGACGAAUACAACGUCCAUGUGACAAACACCACCACUGCUAUGACAACUACACACGUAACCAGAAACCAAGUUGAUAAUAAUACGACACAGGUUGUGGCAGAAAAUACCAAUAGAGCCAACAAUACUGUGGCUCAAAUACAGUAUGAAUAUAUUGACGAUACAAUGACAUCAUGUACAGAGAUACCUUAUGACUUAGUUUUGAAUCCCGAAAUCAUUAAUGGCUGAUCGUUGUUGAAACGCAACUGGCAAGUGGUAUCAGAGCAAAGUU